AUGGCCGAAACAAAGCAAGAGGAGAUCAUUACAUCUCAGAUUGAUUUGGAAACUUCGAGUCAAGAUGUUUCCAGCCAAAAGAAAGGCACGGCUGAUGACCAGCGUGAUAUGUUCCGCAUGGGCAAGGCCCAGGAGCUGCGGCGCAAUUUCCGUUUCGUGUCCAUAUUUGGAUUCUCCAUGAUACUCAUGGCCAGCUGGGAGACUGUCUUGGGUACGUCUUUCAUUGGCCUAAGCAAUGGCGGCACCGCUGGUAUGAUCUGGAUGUUUCUUGUGGCAUGGAUUGGCUUUCUGGCCGUCAACACCUCGAUGGCCGAAAUGGGCUCGAUGGCUCCGACUUCAGGUGGCCAGUACCACUGGGUCUCCGAAUUUGCCCCAAGGCGGUAUCAGAAGUUCAUCAGCUUCAUUGUCGGCUGGCUUUGUGUUCUUGGGUGGCAGACAGGCGCAGCAAACACAGCAUUUUUGGCUGGUACCCAGAUUCAGGGUCUUGCAAUUCUGAACUAUCCGGACUACGUGCCUGAGCGAUGGCAUGGUACGCUCCUCACCUUUGCAGUUGCAUCAUUCUCGGUCUUCUUCAACACGUUCUUGGUCAAGAAACUCCCCCUUGUGGAGGGAAUCGUCUUGAUUGUCCAUGUGUUCGGCUUUUUUGGUGUGUUGAUCACUCUGUGGGUCUUGGGUCCCCGGGCGAGCGCACAUGAGGUCUUCACCACCUUCAACAACUACGGAGGGUGGAGCUCCGACGGUCUGUCCGCCGUCGUGGGUAUUUUGGCUGUCAUGAUUCCAUUGCUGGGCGCCGAUGGCGCCGUGCACAUGUCCGAAGAGCUCCGUGACGCCUCGAAAGUCCUCCCACGCAGCAUGAUCGCGACCACCAUCGCCAACGGAGCCAUGGGCUGGAUUAUACUCAUCACCUUCUGCUUCACCCUGGGCAACCUAGACGAGGUCAUUUAUUCGCCCACUGGACAGCCAUACAUUGCGGUCUUUUACAACGCCACAAAGUCCUACGCCGGUGCAUCUGUGCUGUCGGCGCUGGUCAUAUUCAACGCUAUUUUCUGCAACUUGUCUAUCACGGCAACCGCCUCCCGUCAACUGUGGUCUUUUGCCCGUGAUCAGGGCGUCCCCGGACACUCUUGGUUUGCAUAUGUCCGACCUGGUUGGGAUGUGCCCAUGAAUAGUAUCGUCGUGUCCUUUGUGGUCUCUUGCCUGUUGGCCCUGAUCAAUAUCGGCUCGACAAUCGCCCUCAACAACAUCACCUCGCUAUCCCUUGUCGCCAUUCUUUCCUCAUAUAUCGUCUCGACCGGCUGCGUUUUCUGGAAACGCUUGACCCGCCAACCUCUCUUGCCGGCAAAGUUCACCUUCUCCCGCCCUGUCGGUCUCUUCCUGAACGGAUUUAGCUUGUUGUUCCUGACAUUUGCCUUCAUCUUUGCCUUCUGGCCGGCUAACGUGGACCCAACGGUGGCGGAGAUGAACUGGAGUGCCUUGAUCUUCGGAGCGGUUUUGAUCUUUGCUGUGCUAGACUAUUUCAUCAGGGCACGACAUGUGUAUGAUGGUCCAGUGGAAUACGUCCGGAGGCUUGUUUAG